UCCGAGCAGGAGCAAAAGGCGCAGCUGGAGAAGGAAAUAUCCCGCAGCCGCAUCCCCCGUUUGGUCCUUCGGCCGCAGCAGAAGGUGUCCCCCGCUUCCGAGUCGCCCUUUUCGGAAGAGGAGAGUCGGGAAUUCAACCCACUCAGUUCCUCCGGGGGUUCCGGCAGGACCGUCAGCAGCAACAGCUUCUGCUCAGAUGACACUGGCUGUCCUAGUAGCCAGUCAGUAUCUCCAGUUAAGACUCCCUCUGAUGCUGGAAACAGUCCGAUCAUUUUUUGCACUGGUAGCGAUGGAGACUUCUCCAGGAAGAAAUUCAGUCCAGGGACAAUGAGUGAAGGGAACCUGCAGCUGUCUCGAUACAAGAAGGAGACAAAGACAAGCCUUGUAAAGCCCGGGAGUGAAGCCGAUUUUAGCUCUUCAAGCAGCACGGGCAGUAUUUCAGCGCCUGAAGUCCACAUGUCGGCUGCUGGAAGCAAACGAUCUUCUUUUUCUCGCAACCGUGGCCCUCAUGGUCGGAACAAUGGAUCCUCAUCCUGCAAGUCGGGAGCCAGCCCCCCUGCGUCCCGGGAGAAGGACCCUCUGUCAGCGCUGUGCAGAAACCAGCUGAGCCCUGCGAGCAUCCACCAGAGCUACAGGGCUUCCUCGGCCAGCAGCAGCAACUCGGGCUCCUACAAAGGCAGUGACAGCAGCCCGGUGAUGAGGCGAUCAGGGAGAUACAAUUCUUGUGGUGACAAUCACAGCAUUAAGCCACAAAAUCCAGAGCAGUACCUGACUCCUCUGCAGCAGAAGGAAGUGACAGUUCGGCAUUUGAAAACCAAGCUGAAGGAAUCUGAGAGCAAACUUAAAGAAAGGGAAACAGAAAUGGAAGAGCUCAAAUCUCAGCUGGUACGGAUGAGGGAGGACUGGAUUGAAGAGGAGUGUAACCGUGUGGAGGCAGAGCUGUCCUUAAAGGAAGCAAGAAGCGAAAUUAAACAACUCAAGCACGUUAUUGAAACUAUGAAAAACAGCUUGGCUGAGAAAGACAAAAAAAUUCAGAAAUACUUUGUAGACAUAAACAUUCAAAACAAGAAACUGGAAUCUUUGCUGCAGAGCAUGGAGAUGCCUCAGAGCAGCUCUGUGGGGGAUGAGCAAUGCCUGGAGCACACGUGUGAGUCGGAGGGGAAGCUGCUGUCACUGUGCGCCGCGAUGCCAGACAGCCUCAGCACAGAGGACCAGGCUCUGGAGGAGGUGGCAGAUAGCGGGCUGCUUCUCAAUUCGGACACAGCUAACGGGACUGCCUCAUCUGAAGAGAGUUUGCUCACCACAGCUUCUGAGCUGAGUGAUCCAUCUCCCUCCAGCCCUGCUGUGAAUAAAGAGAUGCUCGACAGUGUUCUCGAUGAGGAGGAAAGCAGCACCAUGACGGUGGAACAGGCCAUCCAAACUGAUGUGGUGCCAUAUAGCCUAGAUGUGGAGCAGCUCAUCCAAAAUAUCUUCAGAGCUCAAGAUGCCCGUCCUCUAAGCCCACCUUCUUCACUGAAGGAAUUGGGUGAAUUUUCUCUUGGGAGCCUCAGUGAUUCCGGUAUCAUAGUGGACUUAACUCCAAGUGAUCCAAACUCUGCCAUCCUUUUGUCUCCUGUGGAGUCUCCGUGCAGGGAAGUGGAGCACAGAGUCAAUGAAAACCGUUUCAUGAAAGAACUUGAUUUUACAGAACCUCAUGAUGAUGAAGCCUUUGGGUGUAUCCGUACUUUCUCUCAGACAGGCAUAAAGAGGAGAUACUGGAGCAGCAGUCUUCUCAGAGAUGUUCUGGCUGUAGCAGCCCCUGUUGUACCAACCAUCAUGUGGGUGUUCAGCACUCAGAGAGGAGGCACAGAUCCCAUUUACAAUAUCGGAGCGUUGCUUCGUGGUUGCUGCCUGGUGGCCCUGCACUCUUUGCGCCAUACACCCUUCAAUAUCAAAACCUAAAGUCCACUCUGUCCCUGGGCACCAGCUGUCCAAGGCAGAGAGAAAGAGGGACGAGACAGAGCCUAAAAAGUUACUGUAUAUUCUGGCAGAGUCCCUAAUUUUGCUUUUGACUAUUUGAUUUGCACUAUAAAUCGGUUUGAAAAUGUUCCUUGUUUCAGAAUGAAAAA